UUGUAAACAUUGGAAGAGCGCUCAAAUUUAAAUUGCUCUCUCUACCUCGGGAGAGAAUACACAAUUUUAAUUAGGAGAUUAUUUGUGUUGUCUUGACCCUUAAGAUUGACAUUAAAAUAAGCUCUAACAAUGCCCUCAAUUGACGAAGAUGUUGAAGACUCCGAGUACCAGUUGGUUUUUCGCAUGGACAACGUAAAAAACAUCUACCAUCUCCUGAAGGCUAUAAAUUUCCAUCCGAAAGCAACCUGUUUUGCCACAGAAAGUGGAUUGAGGGUGUCCGUCGAGUCCGGGAAAUGCAGUCAGGCCAACGCAUUUAUCCAGUCGGAGAUCUUUCAGGAGUAUCAAUAUGAUAAAGAAGAGGAGAGUGUCAACUUUAGUCUUGACUUGAGCGUCCUGCUGGAGUGUCUCGACAUUUUCGGGGACGCGACAAGCUCUUCCUCCUCAACAGCAUUGAAACUCAGAUACAAGGGCCAUGGAAAUCCAGUCCAGCUCCUAUUGGAGGAGGAAGAUGUGUUGACGGACUGCUCAAUCCGAACUAUGGAGGUGGACGAACUUUCCAACUUUGAGUUCACCUCAGACAAUGUGAUAAACAAGAUUAUCCUGCGCUCUGAACCUCUGAAAGAAAUCUUGAACUCUGUUGAUCCCAGCACAGAUUCCAUUGAACUGGUUCUCCUCUCCAGUGAGCCUGUGGUGAAAAUCAAAACUCUCGGGUAUAUGGGUGAAUGCGAGAUUGUAUUUAACAAGGAAAGUGAUAUGAUUGAGCUUUUCCAAUGCGAGUCUGAUUCUUCCUCUAAGUACAAGUUCGCACAUUUCAAGCCAGCUUUAAAAGCUCUGAACAUUUCUCAAAAGGUCUCAAUUAGGACAGAUGAUAGAGGGCUUCUUUGUAUGCAGUUCAUGAUUAAAAAUGAUGAUGGCCAUAUCUGCUUCAUUGAAUUUUAUAGUUUACCAGUAUCCGAAGAGGAUGACUGAAUAAAAGGCAACUUUUUACAAAUACGGAUUCAAAUCUUGCAUUUUCUUUAUUAGUUUAAUAUAAAAAUACGACAUUUUUGUUAUUUGGGAUGUCUCCCAUCCCACUUUGCACAACAGACGCAUUACCACGAAUUGGUAACAAAAAAUAUUCAUAAACCUAUGAACUAUAUUGUCAUGUCGUCUUCAAACAAUAAAUUAAAAGCCGACCUCCCAUGCA